AAAAAUCUCUUUCUAUUAAUUUUCAUUUUCUUUUUGUUUGGUGCGAAAAUAUUAUUCUUUACACAACAACUUACUCAAACUCUCCCAGUCUUCAACGUUUUCUUCUCCUUCACCAUUAUCUCCUUUCUCUCUCCUCUGGUCUUAAGGAGGAGAUUUUGAUGAGAUAGUGCUGAAUUCCGAGUAAUUUUGGUGGAAAUUAGUGAAAUUAGGAAGGUGAUUUUGUACUGAAGGUUUAACAAUGGCGGCUUCAGCUUCUGCUGUUCUUGGCGGCGUUUCGAAACUUCAAAUUCGUAAUAAUUUUGGGGAUGAUUUUAAUAUUAGUUCAAAACAUGUUGUUUCCGUUGGAAUUUCUAGGUCUUCUUCUUCAAUUAACCCUAGUUGUUCUCGGUUGAGCCUUCGUCGUCCCGUUCUUCGCCUUUCUAAGUGCAGGUGGUCCAAUGAUGGUCGAACUGUUGUAUCUAGAUCGGUUAAGAUGAGUAAUACUAUGUUGAGGCAGAAAGGUUUCAUUCUUAUGGAGCAGAGGCCUUUGGCAACUUCAACCAGAGAUCAAGUGUACCUAUGCUGCAACCACACCCGUUGCAGAAGGGGGUCAUAUGUGAAGAGUUUUAGUUCAAGGUUUUCAACAGACAAAUCAACGUUUCCAUUGUCAAAGAAUGUGCCUGACAUUGCAUGUUUGAAGCAACAUCAUGUUCGAUGCUCGGCUGUUGGUCCAGAUGAACCACAUGCAGUUAGCACAAAUUGCUCAGAGGGAACACUGGAGAAACCAGGUUUGGAAUUUCUGGAUCCUGAAGUAAGAAGAGUGGAGGUAGAGGAAGCUUUGAAUUCUGAACUUCCAUCUCACCCCAAGCUAUACCGAGGACAAUUAAAAAAUGGACUUCGCUACAUAAUUUUGCCCAAUAAAGUUCCACCAAACAGGUUUGAAGCACAUAUGGAAGUUCACGUUGGGUCUAUUGAUGAGGAGGAUGACGAGCAGGGGAUUGCACAUAUGAUAGAACAUGUUGCAUUUCUUGGAAGUAAGAAGCGUGAGAAGUUGCUUGGUACUGGAGCAAGGUCUAAUGCUUACACAGACUUCCACCACACAGUCUUUCAUAUACAUUCUCCAACUCAUGCAAAGGACUCUGAUGGCGAUUUACUCCCUUUUGUACUUGAUGCUUUAAACGAGAUAGCUUUCCACCCUAAAUUUCUUGCAUCAAGGGUUGAAAAGGAAAGGCGUGCAAUAUUGUCUGAACUCCAGAUGAUGAAUACUAUAGAAUAUCGUGUUGAUUGCCAGCUUCUACAACAUUUGCAUUCUGAGAACAAAUUGAGCAGAAGGUUUCCUAUAGGUUUAGAGGAGCAGAUCAAGAAGUGGGAUGUUGAUAAAAUUAAAAAAUUCCAUGAGCGCUGGUAUUUUCCAGCAAACGCUACUUUGUAUAUUGUUGGGGAUAUCGAUAACAUCUCGAAAACAAUUUACCAAAUUGAGGCUGUAUUUAGCCAGACUGGCUUGGAGAAUGAGACAGAGGCUUCCCCACCUCCAACGCCUAAUGCAUUUGGUGCGAUGGCUAGUUUCCUAGUGCCUAAGCUCUCAGUUGGCCUUGGAGGAGCUUCUCAAGAUAAGUCAUCAAGUUCUGAUCAGCCAAUAAUUACUAAAAAGGAAAGACAUGCAGUACGUCCUCCUGUCCAGCACAAUUGGUCUCUACCUGGAAGCGGUUGCGUAUCUGAUCCUCCUCAGAUAUUUCAACACGAGUUACUUCAGAAUUUUUCAUUUAAUAUGUUUUGCAAGGUUCCCGUGAAUAAAGUUCAGACGUAUGGCGAUUUACGAAAUGUACUGAUGAAGAGGAUCGUUCUUUCUGCCUUGCAUUUCAGGAUUAACACUCGAUACAAGAGUUCGAAUCCCCCUUUCACCGCAAUUGAAUUGGACCACAGUGAUUCUGGAAGAGAAGGUUGCACUGUAACUACUCUUACAGUUACUGCAGAACCUAAAAAUUGGCAAAAUGCAAUCAAAGUUGCAGUUCAGGAGGUCCGAAGGCUUAAGGAAUUUGGUGUGACUAAGGGUGAAUUAGUUCGCUAUAGGGAUGCUUUGUUGAAAGACAGUGAACAUUUGGCUGCAAUGAUUGAUAAUGUGCCAUCUGUGGACAAUCUGGAUUUUAUUAUGGAAAGUGAUGCAUUAGGACACAAAGUGAUGGACCAACUACAAGGUCAUGAGUGUUUGGUUGGUGUUGCUGGAACAAUUACCCUUGAAGAGGUCAAUUCAAUUGGUGCUGAAGUGCUGGAAUUUAUUGCUGAUUUUGGAAAACCAACUGCCCCUGCUCCUGCAGCAAUUGUAGCUUGUGUUCCUAAAAAAGUGCAUAUUGAUGGAGUUGGUGAAACUGAAUUUAAGAUAUCACCAAGUGAAGUAUCUGAAGCUAUAAAAUCAGGAUUGAAGGAACCCAUUGAGGCAGAACCAGAGCUUGAGGUGCCAAAAGAUCUCAUAACUUCUUCACAGUUGCAAGAAUUAAAAUUGCUACGCAACCCAUCAUUUGCACCAUUGGACGCAGCAGAUAGCACUAAAUUAUAUGACAGAGAGACAGGAAUCACUCAGCGCCGUCUUUUAAACGGUAUUCCUGUAAAUUACAAGAUCUCCAGACAUGAAAGCCAGAGUGGUGUCAUGCGGCUCAUAGUUGGUGGUGGACGGGCCAUGGAAAGCUCAGAUGAAAAGGGGUCUGUUGUUGUUGGUGUUCGGACUCUCAGUGAGGGUGGCCGUGUUGGCAACUUCUCUAGAGAGCAGGUAGAGCUCUUCUGUGUGAAUCAUCUGAUAAAUUGCUCUCUGGAAUCUACUGAGGAGUUUAUAUGCAUGGAAUUCCGUUUUACAUUGAGAGACAAUGGAAUGCGUGCUGCCUUCCAGUUGCUACACAUGGUUCUUGAGCAUAGCGUCUGGCUGGAUGAUGCGUUUGAUAGAGCAAGACAGUUAUACAUGUCUUAUUAUCGGUCAAUUCCUAAAAGUUUGGAGCGUUCGACAGCACAUAAACUUAUGAUAGCAAUGUUGAAUGGAGAUGAACGGUUUGUUGAGCCUACACCAGAAUCAUUGCAGAAUUUAACAUUACAGUCAGUGAAAGAGGCUGUAAUGAAUCAGUUUGUUGGUGAUAAUAUGGAGGUCAGUAUUGUUGGAGACUUCUCAGAAGAAGAGAUUGAAUCUUGUAUUCUUGAUUACCUUGGUACGGUUAAAGCUACUCAUGAAUUUGAGAAGAAGAUUUGUGAUGCUAUUAUUUUUCGUCCACCAUCCGAUAUGCAAUUUCAGCAGGUUUACAUAAAAGACACAGAUGAAAGAGCUUGUGCCUAUAUUGCUGGUCCUGCACCAAAUAGAUGGGGCAUCACAGUUGAUAAUGUUGAUCUUUUUGAAAACCUGGGCGAGCUAUCAAAAUCUGAGACAUUGCCAUCUGACAACUCCAAUGAUGUAAAGGAGCUGCAGAGCAAAAUGCGGGACCAUCCACUCUUCUUUGGCAUAACAAUGGGGCUGCUAGCAGAGAUUAUAAAUUCCAGGCUUUUCACAACAGUAAGGGAUUCUCUGGGUUUGACAUACGACGUGUCUUUCGAAUUGAAUUUAUUUGAUAGGCUAAAUUUCGGGUGGUAUGUGAUCUCUGUGACAUCAACUCCUGGAAAGGUACAUAAAGCUGUUGACGCUUGCAAGAAUGUGCUCAGGGGGUUGCAUAGCAACAGAAUAGCUCCAAGGGAGCUGGACAGGGCAAAGAGGACCUUAUUGAUGAAACAUGAAGCUGAGAUCAAAUCAAAUGCGUACUGGCUUGGGUUGUUGGCUCAUUUGCAAGCAUCUUCUGUCCCAAGGAAGGGCUUAUCAUGCAUAAAAGAUCUGACCUCCCUCUACGAGGCUGCCACUAUAGAGGAUGUAUAUGUUGCCUACGAGCAAUUGAAGGUGGAUGAGAAUUCCUUGUAUUCAUGUAUUGGUAUUGCUGGAGCACAGGCUGGAGAAGAAAUUUCAGAUGCAGCACCUUUAUUAAAUGAUGAAGAGUCGGUUGGAGGGCUUCCAGGAGGUUUGCCUAUCGGGGGGCGUGGGCUAUCAACGAUGACACGGCCAACUACAUGAAGCCAGUCAAUUAGUUGAUUUGAGCUAUAAAAGGUCUGUUGGCCCUACUUUGGUAUAGGUUAAAUGGUGUUCUAUCAAGUGGAUAAUUGCAUAUCUACUGAUUGCUGUCAAAGGAUCGGUUGCUCACUCAAAAUUAACUUCAAUGGGAACCAUUUGAAGGAGACAGACAUUCAUGGUGCCUAAGUGCAAUUGAACCAAUAUUGUCGGACUGGCUCCAAUUAACUUUCCUCGAACUCUCCAAUAAAAAUAUACAAGAAUUUGAAGGAACUAGAUUGUUUAGUUGAUCAUACAGUAGGCUUUUCAUUAGGUACUAUAGUCAACAGUACAACCCCUUGUAAUGUUUGUAAUUUUUUGUAUUAAUUGUCCCCUGAUUAUUUUUUGUUAGUAAUGUCUCCAAGAAUUGGGCCAAAGAAUAAUCAUAAUAGAAACAUUCAUGUAAUGAUUUUUUCUUGUGUAUAUUCAACAUGAUUUUUCCUCGACCA